AGUAAUUCACUCAUAUCUCUCUCUCUGUGUAUCCCCCGGAAGCAAAAUACAACGUUGCUUAAUUUUUAUUUAUUUAUUAUUACAGCGACACUGUACCCGUACUUGCGAUUUGCCAUGGCGGAUGAAAGUGGAAGACCGGUGAAGAACCCCCAACCCUGCAGCAGCAGCAGCAAUGGGAAGAAGGACGAGAACAAGUUGGACUCCCGGACCAGGUCUCCAAUUCCGAGCAGGGCCCAUAGGAUUGCAUCAUCGUCACCAUCAUCACCAUCAUCAUCAACAUCAUCGUCGUUCCAAUACGUACAGAGACUUCGCCAGUGGCUGGACCUGUGCUACGCUCAGACCCUGGCAUGGCAGGUGAUGCAGUAUCCUCCCUGGGCCUACGUCUACCCGGGUGCUGCUGGCGGGACGCCGCCCGCUUGCCACGGCUAUCAGCAGCAGCAGCAUGCAGUCGGGGUGGUGCCCGUGCAGUCUCACGGCAGUCCUGCUGACAGGCAGCAGCAGCAGCAGAGACAGCCCGGAGCGCAAGGUGCCGCCAACAUCCUGACCGGCCAGGGAGGACAUCAAGCAGGGAGGCAAUUCACUGUGCCAACGCUGACGAGAAGAUUAGCGGCUGAGGCGGUGGACUUCCUCAUCUUGUGUUGCUUCAAAGUGUCCGUGACGGUGGGCAUUCUCUACCGCAGCGGCAUCAAAGACCCUUCUGACUUUGCUCUGCACCUGCUGUUGGAGGACAUCAAUGAGGAGACCUCAGUGGAGGAGAUCCAACGGAUGAUCAUCGUGGCCUUGGUGUACAGACUCUUGGUUUGCUUGUACGAGUGGAUCUGCGUGUGGGGCAUAGGCGGUGCAACACCAGGCAAAUUUCUGCUGGGCAUGCGCGUGCUGAGCUGCGACAGCUGCGUGACCGUGCAGGCGGACCGAGUGCUGCUGCUCAACCCCACCAACGUCGGCAUGGCGGCGUCGGCCGUUCGCUCCGUCAUCAAGAACAUCUCCAUCGCUGCCUUCCUGCCGGCCCUGACGACCGUUUUCUUCAACCAGCACAACCGCGCGGGCUACGACGUGGUGGCGGGGACGGUGGUCGUGAGGACAGAUGUCCCGUGACUGCAAGCUGAACGAUUUGAUGGCCACCCAGUGCAAUGCAGCCCAGCGUUAUGCAAUACAGUUCAACACACCACUGCACUGGCUGUUACGUUAUAUCCCAGAAUUAUAUAAUAAUGAACAGCCAAUGUAAAUGAAAUCCUGCAUUUGUUAAUAAAACACAACAUCAACUCACAAAAUAGUGGCGUAUCGGUCAACACGAUAUUCGAGAGUAUGAGCCAAGAUAAUCCAGUUAUGCAUCGGUUAACAACACGUUACUGCACUAGUUGACAUAAUAUGACUUGGCACUAGCAAACGCAAUUUAACUUAGCACGCACUUACGUAACACAGCUUCAUAUUAGCUAACAUGGCACAGUCCAGCACAACCAAUGCCACCCAGUACAAUGUAGCUCGAUGCAGCAUUGUACCACUGUGUCGGCAUGUAUCCAGUCCGACACGGGCCCCGCGGCAAAGCUUCACAGUCAUUUUCACUCUGCCCUGCAUAACAUCUUCCUUCGUGUGCUCGCCCAUGCUCACACGGGGCACAACGAGGACUUUUACCACCUGAUGAGUUCACGAUGAUCGGGACCUAACCCCCCCCCCCCCCCCGCCCAACCUGGCUCUGCCAAAGUGCCGCUGGUGAAUUACCUUAGGGCUCACCAGACCGUGUCUCCCACUCGCACCGCCCAGCCAUGAUGCAGCUGGAGGGUAUCGUUUAAAAAACAGAAACUGCCACAUCUGUGUCACCCCCCUGGGUCUCCCCGCCGUAACAAUCGCCACGAAUUGCACCGCGGCCGUGUGAAAUCAUUCCCCGAGGGUGCGAAUUGCCACCCGUUGUUGGCAACUUCAAAUGAUGAACCGGCGUUGGAUGAGUCGCCGUUUUAUUUAAAGGCGCGUGUGCUACCUCAAGUCAAUUCCAUUCACGUUAUGUCCGAUGAACGACUGAAUAAUUAUUAAUUAAACGAGGCUGUUUGCGAUUUAUGACAGUCAUUCCCUGUUUUUUUUGGAACCAGAGCCACAUUUCUUCACAGAAAGAAAGUGUAUCCUUAAAAAAGGCAAAUGAUGCCAUUUCGGCAAGGUGAAUAUCUGAUUAAAUAAUUCAUAGACGUAUCAUUUAUUGGUCAAAACUUAUUUAAGUGUCUCUCUGCUCAAGUCUCAGACAGCACUCCUAUCUGUUAACAGCCCUGAGCCAGUGAUGGAAAUUCCACAUUUCUUCAGUGGGUAUCACUGCUAGAGUGACACAGCCAUAUUAUUCAUAUAUAUCCAGGUAUCAGCCCAUUUAGAUACCAUGUAUCUUCAGCAAGGGCGAACCGGUGACUUUUGCGUGUGUUUACACGUAUACCUUUUCUGGUGACGGUGGUUAAACACCUGACUAGAUUUUGAUCCCUCUACGGUCAACAAAAUUGGUGCCACUUGACCACUUACUGCAGGCCAAUCAAUUGUUGUCGACACAUGAAGAGGCUGGCUCCUGCUCUGGGAAUGUGGAAUUUCCAAAUGACUCAGGAACAGAGAUACGCACCACCGAUGUUGGUUUGUGUAGGGGGGUAUUGAUUAACAAGGCAGUCACGCAAUAGUUUGAUUUACAAGUUUGAAAACAUUUAAUCUUGUUAAUGCCCUAUGCAAAGUGAGAUUGCAGGGGGCAGAAUUUAAACCGCCAAUCUGGACAAGCUGCCAUGGUGGUUGCACAGCCAAGCGUGUAAUAAAUCCCGUCGAACGUUAUUUUACCCAGCAGUCCCAAGUCUGUGCUGGGCACCGAAAUAAAUGUACAAUUUGGGGACUGCAUCGGGUACGGUGUAGAAGCUCGGCCACAAGGCAGAUUUAAGGUGUCGAGCAUUUGAGCACACAAAUGAAUGACCCGCGCUUAUAUUUGAGCAUGUUAAAUUCUAGUAUUUUGUAUUGUGAAUAAGUUUAACUUUAGCGAUCAUGAGGAAUAUAGAAUUGUUCUUUUUACGUAAGGCUGUUUGAAACCACCACGUAAAAUUACUGUUCUUUUAUAAUACCGGUGACCAACUCAUCCUGAAUGCAAGCAAUAUCAUCAGGUCUUGCAAGCUAAGCAAAUUUUAGAGCUCGGUUAAUACUUGGACAGAAUACUGCCUUGAAAUACCCAGGUGUUGUUGGCUUUGACUGUGGUAACCUUACGUCCUGACAUCUACAGGGUCGUCCAGAUAUGACCCCCGAUUAGUUGACCCCCUGACAUUUUUGUCCCUUUGCAUAUUCAUUUAUGUUUUAAAUGAACUUUACUUUUAAAAUUAGAUUAGGUUUUAGAGCUUUAAAUGGGGGGGUUCACAAGAUAUCUGGGCUAUCCUGUCUGUACAAGCACGCCAUCAUCUCGCCACCUCUUAAGGACGGCAGUCUCGAAAGCGGGCGACUUCGUUUCAAAUCUGAAAUUCGCGUCGAGGCUUCUUGGGAGGGCGCGGUUGCAACUUCCGUGUGCAGGCCCCGCCUGGACCCGCAAGCCGCCAGCGCGCACCGUCGCAUCGGCACGCGUACCGUCAAACACCGCGGCACACUUGCACGCAGACACGCUCAGUUGCAUUUGAAUUUGUAAGAGAGUCCAUUGAGGCUGCAUCUUUCUUCUUCUUGAAGAGGCACGUGGGAAAGCAAAAACGGUGCACAAGUUAGACGGCAGAUAACAAAGCAAUACAUCGUGGCUGAGUUGAGAUUAAAAGGUACAAAGGUUUACAUUUUUUGUCUCUCAAUGUCACCUUUUAACUCGACAAAAACAGCGCAUCAGCAUGCAAGCAAUAUUAAAUGAUGGGGGGGGGGGGGGGGGGGGGUUCAAGAGUGUUUUUAAAGCAAGAUAUAGACACUGACAUGAAAUUUGGUGGCUUAAGUGCAUACAAUACUAAAGUUACAAGGAUUAUUGUCCAAGCGUUGUGAAAUUGACUUCUCAGCCAACACUACUAACUUGUGAAAUAAGCCCAAGACAAUUUACAGAAUUCGAUAGAAUUUUAGUUUUAGUAAAUGUCAGUUUCAUUUUCAGUUGAUACUUUAUUUUAGGUGAACGAUUGAGCUGUUUGUUUUGGGUUUGAUUAAGUGUUCACGUUUUAAUGCAUUAUUUAAAGUAAUAAAUAUUACAAUCCAAA